AUGAAGUUUACCAACCUCGUCUCGUUCGCAGCUCUUUCAGCCUCCACACUCUUUCCCUCGGUCGCUCAGGCCUGGAACCAAGGUAGUGUAGACGGUACAGAUCCAUUCCAGCCCUACACCAUCUAUGCUUAUGGCAUCAACGCGACCUUUAUCGGUUACGGCUCGAGAUUGACGAGUCUGUUUGUUCAUGACAAGAACAAUAUUCCUCGAGAAGUCGUGGUCGGUUAUGAUGACCCCCAUCAGUACCUCAUCGACACUGAGACCAACCGGACCUUCUUUGGAGCCAUCGUUGGACCUUAUGCCAACCGAAUCAAGAACGGUACCUUCAACAUUGACGGUGAGACCUUCCACGUCCCUGAAAACGAGCACGAUGGUGAAGACACCCUGCACGGUGGAUUCGAUGGAUACGACACUCGAAACUGGACCAUGACCCAAUACAACACGAGCAGUAUCACAUUCACCCUCUAUGACAGCUCUGGCACUGGUGGGUUCCCCGGUACAAAAAUCUCGCACGUCACCUUUUCGCUUUCCGAUGCCACGGCCAAUUCUCGGGGUAAAUUGACCGGUAGAAUGGUCACCGUCGCUUUGGAUCAACCUACACCUGUCAUGCUGGCCAGUCACAUUUACUGGAACCUUGGCGCUUUCCAAUCGACAACCAUCCUCAAUGAUACGCUCUGGAUGCCUAACGCCAAUCGAAUCAUCAGCAUCGACGGUAUCGAGGUCCCAACCGGUGGUCUUCAAUCUGUCAAAUACCCCUUCCAGUCACCUAGUGUCCCGCUCAAUUUCACCUAUCCCAAGCAAGUCUACGAGGGUGUGCUAUACUCUCAACAAUGUGGAACGGGUUGCACUGGAAUCGACAAUGCCUUUAUCCUCGAUCGACCCCCGUAUGAUGGACCCGAAUCGACUUCCGAUGUUCAGCUUCAAUGGCAGAGUCCUGACACUGGUAUCACCCUCAAGCUCAGGACCAACCAGCAAUCUCUCCAGAUCUACACUUGCAACGGACAGAACGGAUCCAUCAGGUCUCACGCAUCUCAAGGAAAUCCUAAGAUUGAGAAAUACGGAUGCUUGGUCGUUGAGACACAGCAAUGGAUCGACGGUAUCAAUCAGCCUGAAUGGGGCCAGCUCGACAGACAGAUCUUCGGUGCUAUGACUGGACCUGCCGUCAACUGGUUGGAGUACGAGUUCACGACCGAGGAGUGGGAUUACUAG